CACUUUUACACGUUUACGCACAAUCACUCGCUGACCGCUCUGUUGCGCGUAAAAGUGCCCAAAACAAAGGAUAUCAUCGCCUGCGGUUAGGAGAGCGGAACACUGUGGAUGCUUGUUGAAGAGCAGGAGGAGGUGCACGGAAUCUUUUUUUUGUUGUGAAUGGAGAUGAGUCGUGCGUAAAAGUGUGUUGAUCAAGUUUUGGAGAAGCUGUCACUCCUCCACCUGUUGGCAGGUGGCUUCGCCCGCGGACAUCUACUAUGACAUUGGGUUUGGAAACCAUGGAGGAUAUUGUGAUCGACGUAGUGGGGGAAGGACUCAAAGACAGCGCAGAGGAAGAGCUCCAACCUUCGGAUGAGUCACGAAGCACCGAGACCAAAGAGCGGGACGCGUACAGCCCCGAGCCCGAGUGUCCAUCUCCCGCUAAAGGCAAGAGUCCCGCCUCGGUGAAGCCUCCGUACUCUUACAUCGCUCUGAUCACCAUGUCCAUCCUGCAGAGCCCGAAGAAGAGGCUCACCCUCAGCGAGAUCUGUGACUUUAUCAGCCAACGCUUCCCGUAUUACAAGGAGAAGUUCCCCGCGUGGCAGAACUCCAUCCGGCACAACCUGUCUCUGAACGACUGCUUUAUAAAGAUGCCCAGAGAGCCAGGGAACCCGGGAAAAGGCAACUACUGGACCCUGGAUCCGAACUCCUCGGACAUGUUUGAGAACGGGAGUUUCCUGCGGAGGAGGAAGCGCUUCAAGCGGCAACAUUUCCGCUUCGACCCGCUGAAGGGGCAGCAGCUGGAGCACGGCGCGCUGCACGGAUUCCCGCAUUAUGCGUUUGGAGCUACGGCUCUGCAGCUGCCCAGCCUGGAGAUCUACCCGUACCUCCAUCACCACGCGCACUCUCACCCGUGCAGCCCCGUGUCCAUCCCGCCUGUCAGCAGCAUCCUGCCCGCGCUCUCCAGCUUCUUCUCAAAGACUCACCCCGGGUUUGAAGCCUUUUCCCCGGUUCAGUGCGCCGGGUUCUCCCCUCCUCUGAGCUCCAUGUUCGGCUCGCCUGCUCUCUUCCACCCCGCUGCCUCUCCACACCUCCUCACUUUGCACCAGGAGUAUCAGAAGCUACACACUGCCAACCAUAAGUGAGCAGCUGACAGGACUCAGAGCCUUUUCUCAGGUAACAGAGACACUAUGAGCAGAGUUUCUCCACAUCUGCUUUCAAAGAAUGUUGUACAUAAACACAAAAAACUCUUUCUCCUUUUUUACGUUUUAUGGCACAAAUAUUUUGGCGUUUUUUAUUGUCUUCUUUUUCUGUUUAAUAUUUA